AUGAAUCGAAUUAUUAUUACAGAAAUUGGAGACUCAAUUAGAAAAGAUCUCAAAGACGAUUGUAGUCCAAAUGAUUACAAUUUUACAACAAGUAAACGACAUCUUCGCUUUAAAACUAAUACUAGUGAAUCUACAGUUGAAUUGAAAAGGUAAACUACAAUUAAUCCACUUUUAUAUCAAAAAGAACUAGUUUCUAUUGCUUAGACUAAACUAUAUAAUAAAGCUAAGCUUUCCCUUUAAGGGUAAACUUAAUAACUUAAGAAUUGUAUUUAAGAAGAUCUCAAUCUACCAAAAAAGAGUUCUUACUUAAAUAAGAAUUUAGAUAAAUUAGUACAUAAAAUUAUGGAUAAAUAAGGUAUUUACAAUAUUUUUAAAAGAUUGAGAUUAAUUUACAAAGCGAAAAAGUUAGUUACUUAGAUAACUUAUGUUAAUGAAAUAGAGUGAUAGAAGUAAAUCAAAUUACACUUUAGCUUUCAAAGAUAAUGAGAAAACAUAAACUAUCCUUCAAUGUAGAUCGAUUGUAAAUGCUGAAGGAAAAUUAGAAUAAUUGUAGAGAAGAUUUCAAAGGCAAAGUUAAGCUGAUUUAAGAAUGAGACAAAGAUUAGCUAGUUAUUUAGAAUAAAGUUAAGAAAAUAGUUAGAGUAGAUUUAAUAUAAAUUACUCAGGUUUUACGAUUUAAAGAAAAGAGUUAAUAAAUAAAAGUAACUCUCAAAUAAGAAUUAGAAUGUAAUAAAAUUAUUGUAAUAAACAAAUAAAUACUGAUUGA